CACUAUUUAGGAAAUUAUCUUGAUAUGGCUUCCUUACUUUAGACUUUCCGUGGCCGUUGAAUUAACCAAAAAACAGGGAAAAAGAAAAGAAUGAUUGACAAGUUAGAUAUCCCACGGGUCGGUGUGUGUAGCCGGUCAACGGCCGGCUACUUACGUAGUUGGCAACUAGAAUGGGAAUUGAUAUCCUUACCUAGACUACUUGCUUACUAGCUACUUCUGUAUAUUGUGUUAUCCUUGCUGGAGGAUGAGGUUGGGGUUUAGCGGUGAAAGAAGUACUAAGAAUUCAUUCCUGUUGUGUUUCGUUUCUUGUUUGCUGGUACUUGGUGGAUGGUUGCAUCGCUUAUUGAACUCUUUCUACUUUUCUUUCUUGUUUUGUUUCUUCGUUCCUUUUGAUUUCUUUAUCGGGAUUGAUGUUGGUUGAUGCGGAGGGACUUAUGAUUGAGGUAUGGGUCUAGAUCUAGACUCGGUGGGGGUGGUGGGUGGGUGGGUUUGUUCUUUUGUUCUUUUGUUCUUCGAUGCUGGUGGCGGCGGAGCGGUGUGCGAUUAUCUUUGUGUAUGAUUUCGGGCUUUGAUGGUGUUGCUUGGAGUAGUCUUGUACUUCGUACGGAGGUAUAUAUUAAUAGGACUUUGAGGCAGCUAGGGUAUUUGAAAGAGUUUUAUUGUAUACUCUAGUGAAAGCUCUGUUUUAGCUUAGUUUGGGUAGUUACUGUUGGGAGAUGUAGUUGUACAGGUCUCAAGGGAAAUCAAGGCUGUUACGACGGUAUUCGCAUUCUAUAUAGCAUCUGUCUCCUUGAAAGGAUAUAGAGUGCAUUCAGAGAGGUUGGGAUACUGUCACAAUGAGACGGGCAUACCUCGAACAUUACGGUAUGAAUUAAGUCUCAUAUAGUACUGAUAGGUCUUCAGAUUAUGAAGGGA